ACGAAAGGAGUGAAAUGAACAGCAUAACAUGUGAUGCCACACUUUCAUCGGCAUACAAACGUGUCAUCGACAUAAAUUACCUUCUUUCUCUCUCUCAAAACACCAAAUUUUACAUUUUCUUCUCUAUUUCGGGUGAAAAUGGCUGAAGUGCAACCACCGGUGGAGGGUCAGGUUAAUGGCGGUAGUGGUGGCGUCGUCGGUGGCGGCGGCGGCGGCGGCGGCACUCUUGUGGGUGCCCCGGCAGAAACCGUCCCAGGUCCAACUAAACGACAGCGCAGGCCCAGCGUCAGAUUAGGUGAAAUAGGAGAUCAACACACCUACGAUAACCAUAGAAGAACCAAGCAGCAACAAUGGAGGUAUUCUUCAAAAGAAGCAAAAACUUCAAAAACCAGACAGCUUAUGAACCUAUCUGGCGGAGCCGCUAUGGAAUAUCAAGAAACCCUAGAUGUCGGAGUCGAAGAUAAGGAUGGCGGAAACAAGAGUAAUCACAAUCUAGGUAAUAGUAAUAACAAUAAUCCUCUGGAUUGUGUUGCGAUUGGUAGUUGGAAAGUUAGGGAUUCCGCGAAAUCGAAAAGGGGGUUUUCGAUGACGACAAAACGCGUCAGAUCGAAUUGGGUUUCAAAGAUAAACGAUGGAGAUGAGAAGUUCGAAGAGGAAGAUGAUUUCGACGAUGUUGAUCGAUAUACGGAUUAUGAACGUGAAGGUUCCGGUAGUCAAUUAAAGGAGCCAAGUUUGAAUCUAUCUAUGGAUAACGAAAGAGACUUGCAUUAUGGCACCAGAUCUAGAGAUGGAACCAGGGUUAGGGUUUCAGAUGGUCCUUCUGAUACCGAUGCAAGAAAUUGGAACAAUAACAACCCAGAAAGGAAUGGCGUUAGGGUUUGGUUGAAUCAAUUAGGGUUAGGUCGCUACGCCCCAAUUUUUGAAGUACAUGAGGUUGAUGAUGAGGUUUUACCUCUAUUGACAUUAGAAGAUCUUAAAGAUAUGGGGAUAAAUGCAGUUGGUUCCCGAAGAAAAAUGUUCUGUUCAAUUCAGAAGCUUGGUAAAGGGUUUUCUUGAUGGUCGUUAAUGGUGGAAAUCUUGAUUUUGAAGAAGAGAAGUCACUUGUGAACAACACACAACCAUCAAGUUUGUAGCUUGGGAAAUCUGGCCCGGAAUAGGUGGUGAUAGGAAUACCUUGAGGUCGGAAUUCCCAAUUCCAAUUCCAGUCGGAAAAAGACAGAAUGUCUGAACUUGGUUUGGCCCUUUUUUGUGUACUUCAAUUGUAGUGAUAAAAUCCUUUCCUUUUUUUUUUGCUUUCUUUAUGGUAAUAUUUGACUUCAACUUAUAUGCAGUAUUAUGGUAUAUAGAUAUAAGUAGUUGAAAGUAGCUAUAACUUGUUUUAUAUGUUGAUGUUGUCUAUAAAGAGAAAGCAAUAGUUAGAAAUAUGCAUUGUGGCAUUAUGGUCAUUUUUACAUGUAUAUAGCGUGUUCACAAUCA